AUGGAUUUAAAUGGACCAAAUGCUAAUAUACACUAUCGUGGAAUGAAUCAUCAACACGAUGAAGUACGUCUUAUAGAUUAUGCACGUUUAUGUGAACAUCUAUCUUCGCGUAAAAUAAUUCUUCUUCAAUUAUUUCGAACAAUUUUUCGUCGUCUAAAUCAACGAUGUUUACCUUUGAAAGAAGAAGAAACAACACGAAGUACACCACCUGAAUUUGUUUACACAGAAGAUGUUCUUCUACCAUCAUUAGUAUUAUUUCUCACACGAAAUUUUGAAUGGGAGCUACCAAAUCUUAUUCAACAUUUAGCAAAAGUCUAUCCUGAUAAUGAUUUUAUUACUGAAUAUUCUCAAAGCAUUGCUAAAUUGGCAAAAGCAACCUUAGUAGACAUAAUUGAUUUGUUUCAUGAUUUAUCAAAAUUUAUUCAAAAACGUGGUGAAUCAAAUUUUGCCAAUGAAAAUCAACUAAGUCAUCAAUCCGAUAAACUACAUUAUACAAUCAAAGGAUGGAGUCUUGUUGGUCUCUUUCUACGUCGUCAUAUUUGUUCAUUUGAAAUGUUAUCAACGCCGAGUCUCGAACAACUUGUGAAUGAUGUUAGUCGAUAUGUUGAUUCAUAUCUUCGAUCAUCCACAUUUAAAUGUCCGUUACCACCAAAAGAUGACAAAAUGAUGACUGAAUUCGAAUCGACAAAUGAAAUAAAAAAGAAUACUUCAAUUCGAGAAUUGAGAAUUCAAACAAAACAAUAUUCAUCGUCAGAAAUGACAAUACCGGUAUCGAUUAAACAAGCUGAGUAUAUGUUAACUAAACUUGCAUUACGUUUGGAUGCUGGAAUAUUAGUUGAUGAUUAUGAAUUAGAAAUUCUUCGAUCCAUUGAAAAGAUUUAUCCACAAUUAGCUGAAGUUCCAUUUGUUCACUAUCUUCAAGCACGUUCAAAAAAUAACUAUUCUCAAGCAAAUUAUUAUUUACAUCAUUAUUUUGAUAAACAAAAUGGAUUUCAAUUAACAUCCGAUAUUGGUGCAUUACAUAUGUCAACACUUUUAUCUCAUUAUAAUUUUAAAGUCGAUGCGAAAAAUGCUCUUAACGAUGGAAUGUCAAUGUCUUUAUUACGAUCAGAAAAAGAUAUUAUGCCAUUAUGUGUGGAUCAAUUAAUUUCUUCAACAUUAAAUACAUCUCAAAAAGUCGAUAAUCUUUUAUUGCUCGAUAAUCGUUAUCUUAAACAACUUGAUAAUUCAUCAGCAGGAUUUUUAACUACGGAUGAUUGCGUCUGUGUUGAAAGUUGGCCAUCGGUACAAUUAAUGAGUCGAGGAAAUCUUCCAGCAGUAUUACAACGAAUCGAUACUGAUUUUGAACGAACAGAUGUUAAGUCACGUUUCAACUGGAUUAAUCGUGCCGCUGUACAUUAUUUGAAUAAAACAGCUUUUUGGAAUUUAGCACAAUACAAUGAUUUUGUUUUACUUUAUUCUGCAAUGGUUCUGGACAAUACUGAACAUUUACAUCUUCGCCAUACAGAUUAUUAUGCUCUGGCAUGUUCAUAUCUUUCUAUGGCUAUACUUAAUCAAGGUCAAUACAAUCUUGCCAGUCAAAUGUUAAAUAAAAGUAUUGACUUAGUACAAUUAUCGACCAAUGCACAUAAUUUAAUUGAUAUGGCUCGAGCCGAUGUUCAAUUUGUACUUCAAUGCCGACGAAAUGAAUGGGAUAGAGCAUUGGUUACAGCUAAAACAUUUUCGAACUAUUCACAAAUUGAAUACGAAAUACGUCGAGCAAUAUGUUUACAUAAUUUAAAUGAACUCGAUGAUAGUCAACGAGAUCCGAUUGAGUUACAAAAAUUAUUAAAUCAAGAGAAAGUAUCUGAUCUCAUAUCAAGAAUAAAACUUUUAUUAUUAUUAACUGAAAAUUGUGCAAAGAAAAAUGAUCUCGUACCAAGUCUUGGAUUUCUUGAAGAAUGCAAACAAUUAUGUAUUAAAUACAAUCUUCAGCAUUAUUUAAUUCUUUGUCUUUUAUAUGAAGUACAAUUAAAUAAGUCAAAUUUUACAACAUCACAGGAAUCUAUUCGAAUUUUGACUUUUUGUCUUACUGAACUUUUAAAAUAUGGUGAUCGUUAUAAUGUUGCUCGAUGUGCAUUGUUACUUGGUCGAUUGUAUUUAUUAGAAAUGGCUGAUGAUCGAGUUUAUCCUAAUUAUUCAUCUGAAGCUGAACAUUUGCUACUUUUGGCCAAAGAUAUAUUUAUUAGUUUCCAAGAAACUCUUCACUUAAAAUUAACGUAUCUCUAUCUUGUAUUUACAUAUCAUGAUUCAAUACAAGUAGAAAAACGAAAACAAAUGGCUAAACUAUACAAGCAAAUAGAUGUUAAACUAGAUAAUAAACCUACUGUAAUUUAA